AUGGGCAACUUUUUCGGGGGAGAUUGUGUCGUUGUUGUAAUUCUUGUCAUUGCCCCUGUCGUCGUUGUAAUUGCUAUCGUCUUAGUUUCCGUACAUGCUGCUGAAGUCAAUAUCGGUUGUGAACUUAAAUAUCCCGAGACAUGUGCUUAUCGAUUGGCUUACGCUGAGACUGACUGGAUUUCUGUGCAUCGUCGCUUAAAUGCACCUGAUACAAUACAUCUCACGAAGUGCUUGUCACCUCUAUUAACAUGUUCAGUUAUUCCCGAUUCAUCUAGUAUUCCAAAUUCGAAUUCGGCAUCAUUCUCAAGACAGCAAUGCUCAUGUCAGUGUAAAGCGGAUUCUGCUACAUUCUUGCCUUCAAUUCGAAGCUGUAUUGAUAAACUCGGUUAA